AUGUCUUCGAUUGUUCCUCCUCCAUUGCCUCCUUUACCGCCUUCGCAUUCGCAUAACGGAUCGCUGUCGUCGACUCCGCACCCGCCCACACCACUGCAACCUCACGCUUUACAUCCGCCGACAGCCGAUGCGGAUCGUGCUCUGAUAGAGGGACUACAAGGAAAGAGUGUCGCUGAACUGAAGGAACUUCAGGAGACUGAUGGCUUGCUCGACGCUUUCUGGGAGAGCCAGAGUCCUAUCGCGAAGGAGCACAGAGAGCUCGAACGAGAGGCAUGGAAAGCCAAUGAAGAACUAGCAGAUCGCAUCAUGUCCACCCGUACGACUCUCGACCUCCGCCGCACAGACACCGACGCCAAACUCCGCGAUUCAGCCUCCCUCUACCGAACCUGGCGACAAACUGAGGAACAUAUGUACUCCGCCCUCUCACCUCUCUCACCUCCAUCUCUCCAACAACAUCUCAAUGCGAGUACGACGUCCGUUUCGGAGAUGAGCGAUGCCCUGGCCGAGAGUUUCUUAGAGGAGGGUGGAGAUUUGGGUGUGUUUUUGAGGACGUAUAGGGAGGGGAGGAAAACAGUGAGGUUGGGGGAGGUUCAGGGUGAGAGGUGGGCUGAGGGGAGGGUGGGGGGGUUCUGA